GGUGUGUCCUUCGUUCGCUCCCUCCCUCUUAUGUCACUCUUUCAGCCUCGAAUAAAAACUGCACCCAACUUCCGAGGCGCCCUCAUUGCCCAGCCCGACCCCAGCCUCCGACAGGUUCGGGCCCCCUCCUCGCCCCGUCCCGCGGAUCCCCGGCCCCGCCCAGCGCCCGGGACCCCCAGCUCCACUGGCUCGGCUUCGCCGUCGCUCCCACACCAUGGACAAGUUUUGGUGGCGCGCAGCCUGGGGACUCUGCCUCGUGCCGCUGAGCCUGGCGCAGAUCGAUUUGAACAUAACCUGCCGAUACGCAGGGGUAUUCCAUGUGGAGAAAAAUGGCCGCUACAGCAUCUCGCGGACGGAGGCCGCGGACCUGUGCAAGGCUUUCAACAGCACCCUGCCCACCAUGGCCCAGAUGCAGAAAGCGCUGAACAUUGGCUUUGAGACCUGCAGGUACGGGUUCAUAGAAGGGCACGUGGUCAUCCCCCGGAUCCACCCCAACUCCAUCUGUGCCGCCAACAACACGGGCGUGUACAUCCUCACGUCCAACACCUCUCAGUACGACACCUAUUGCUUCAAUGCCUCAGCUCCGCCCGAAGAAGACUGUACCUCGGUCACAGACCUGCCCAACGCCUUCGAGGGACCCAUUACCAUAACUAUCGUUAACCGUGAUGGCACUCGCUACACCAAGAAAGGCGAGUACAGAACUAACCCUGAAGACAUCAACCCCAGCACCCCUGCGGAUGACGACGUGAGCAGUGGGUCCUCCAGCGAAAGAAGCACUUCAGGAGGCUACAGCAUCUUCCACACCCACCUUCCAACCACUCGCCCCACCCAAGACCAGAGCAGUCCCUGGGUGUCUGACAGCCCAGAGAAGACUCCCACUACCAGUACGGAUUCAAAUGUCAUCUCAGCAGGCUGGGAGCCAACUGAAGAAAACGAAGAUGAAAGAGACAAACACCCCAGUUAUUCUGGAUCAGGCAUUGAUGAUGAUGAAGAUUUUGUCUCCAGCACCAUUCCAACCAAACCACGGAUUUUUAAGUUCCCAGAAGUGAACGAGGAUUGGCGGCAAUGGAGCCCAGGCCAUUCAACUCCAGGCAUCUUACUUCAGACAGCCACAAGGAUGACUGAUGUGGACAGAAGUGGCACCAGUGCUUAUGGAGAAAGUCAGACCCAGGAACCACAUUCUCCUCUCGUUCACCAUGAGCAUCAUGACGAAGAGGAGACCCAGCAUUCUACAAGCUCAACCUGGGCGCUUUCUAGUAGGACAGCAGAAGACACAGCUACCCAGAAAGAGCAGUGGUUUGAGGACGGAUGGCGUGGGGAAUACACCCAAACGCCAAAGGAAGACUCUCCUUCAGCAACAGGGACAGCUGUCACAACAGCCUCAGCCCACGACAGCCAUCCAAAUCGAAGAAUGACAACGCAGAGUCAAGAGGACAGUUCCUGGACUUAUUUCUUCGACCCAAUCUCACAUCCAAUGGGACGAGGUCAUCACACGGAAAGAUGGAUGGAUGUGGACUCCAGCCGUAGUACAACGCUUCAGCCUUCUGCAGAUCCAAGCACAGGUUUGGUGGAAGAGUUGGACAGGACAAGACCUCUUUCAAUGACAACUCAGCAGAGUCAUACUCAGAGCUUCUCUACGUCACAUGGAGGCUUGGAAGAAGAUAAAGACCAUCCAAUGACUUCUACUCCAUCAUCUAGCAAUAGGAAUGAUGGCAGAGGUGGAAGAAGAAGUGGAAACUUUUCUGAAGACUCAGCUACUUCAGGAGAGGGCUAUACUGCUCAUGCCCCAGACACAAAGGAAUACAACACCCUCACCCCAGUGACCCCUGCUAAGACUGGGUCCCCAGGAGUUACUGAAGUUAUUGUUCUUGGCGAUUCUAACUCUCAUGUUGAUGGUUCCUUUUCAGAAGACCGAGCCUCUGGCGGGAGGGCCCAGACCACCCACGGAUCUGAAACAAGUGGACACUCGACUGGGAGUCAAGAAGGUGGGGCAAGCACAACCUCGGGUCCCAUACGGAGACCUCAAAUUCCAGAAUGGCUGAUCAUCUUGGCGUCCCUCCUGGCCCUGGCUCUGAUUCUCGCAGUUUGCAUUGCUGUCAACAGUCGAAGAAGGUGUGGACAGAAGAAGAAGCUGGUGAUCAACAAUGGCAAUGGAGCUGUGGACGACAGAAAGGCAAGUGGGCUCAAUGGAGAGGCCAGCAGGUCUCAGGAGAUGGUGCACUUGGUGAACAAGGAGUCGUCAGAGACCCAAGACCAGUUUAUGACAGCCGACGAGACACGGAACCUGCAGAAUGUGGACAUGAAGAUUGGGGUGUAGCACCUGCACCUUGACCUUGGGAAGAAACCACAGUCAGAGAGAGCAGUCACAGGGGGCUGGGACAUUUCACAGAUGUGAUGUGCUACUGACUGCUUCAUUCGGGAUCUUUUUUUAACAUAAAAUUUUCUACUCCUUUUUGUUUUUUGUGUUUUGUUUUUUAAAGUCAGGUUCAAUUUAUAGCAACAACAUUGCUUUCUGAAAUGAGCGCCCAAUUAAUAAUCAGUAAGAAUUCGACGGUUCCAGUUCCCACUUAGAAACCUCUUACCCCCUGGGGUGUUCUAUCCAUGGCUUUUAACAAAAGCCACAAAUACAUCUUCCCGACCCCCAAACUUCUCUCCACCUGUCUACCCAGAUGACAGCCAUCUGCUAAGGACAUUCUCCAGGGCUGAGAAGGCUUGGUCCCUGGGAGGAAAUUUGAAUGGGUCUGUAUUGCUCCUCCAGCAGCCCAAUCCCUGGACAUUGCUUUCCAGUGGGCUGGGAGAUUGGGGUGUACCGGUUACACAUCCCCUUCUACAAACCCCCUGGAAAUUUUUCCAAUGCUUCUGGGAGAUACCCAAAAGGGUGAAGCUAUUUAUCUGCAGUAAGCUAUUUAUCUGUGUUUUUGAAAUAUUAAACCCUGGAGGUCCUUUGAUCAGUAUGAUUUUUUUUCGUUACAUUGUCAGAGGCAUAAAAGGGUCUCAGCUGAUUAUAAACUCCUGCACUUCUUCCACCUUAACCCUUUGUGCUCUGAUCCUUCAGCCUCUUAGCCAGUAAGGUCUGGGGCCCAACAGCUCAUCAGGAAGAUGUGAGAAUGGUCCUCCUUGAAAGUCUUCAUCUUAGAGCCACUAACCCCGACUCUGGCUCACUCAACCAAAUCUCCUAGAAGAUCAAGGAAGACAGCACUAUUUUGUUUCUGAGGCCCCAAAGGCUUUCUGUCCUGUUGUCCUAGAACCAGAAUCGUGAAGGAGGAGCUUCAGCUGCUUUUAUGUUUUAAUAGCCACUUGUUCUCUCCCCUGAAGGGCUGUGAAAGUCACAUUACCUUUGCAUGACCUACCAUUUGUGGGGUCCCGUCUCAUAGAUCCUGACCCUAUUAGUGAUGUCCACAAACAAUAUGGAAGUGCCUCUUGACUUCUUGUAGUAAAAGGAGGCUCCGAUGGAAAGGAAACAAAGCAAAAUCAGUAGUCAACUGAUUGGCACAGGUUGGUAAAGGGGGCGGGACGAAUGUAGAUCCUGGUUGGGUAUUUUUAUGGCUGUCUUUGUUUAUACUUUAGCAAGCCAGUUGUCUGUCCCUCAUGUGGUCGCUACUCAGGAUAAGUUAAGUGCUGGGGAAUCCCUCAAAGGUUACAGGGCUUCCUACUGUUGGAAUCUUAUCACCAGAUAGGCAGGUUUAUGUCCAAAUAAGAGAAGAAUGCCUUUAUCCCCCACUUGGAAAGUCCUUUGUGGUCUCUGUUCAUAAGUCCAAGAGGCCCCAUUGGUCCUGGAACUUCCAAGGCUACUUAUAAUAGAGGAUGUUGAAAAUACAAAGUUAGGGAUCCUAUAAAAUGCAACCUCCUUCCUUUGCUUCCCAUAAAAAGUUAUCUGUUGCCUAAAUUAAUAUGCUUAACUGACAAUGUUCUCAGAUAAAAGAAAGAGGAAGAAGAAAAAGGAAAAAAAGCUGCCACAUAAACCAGGGCUGGGCUUAUACAAGAGUUGAUUCUGAAGGAUAUAUUUAAAGGAGAAGUGCUCACUUUCUGCAUUGGUUCCCAACCUCUGCUCUCCCCUAUCCACCCUCACACCCUCCCUGCUGCCAUGGUCUUUGAAACUUCCUUUCUCUUUUUCUGUGAACAUCUUUGGCCGGUUCCAUACUCAGCUGUCUGGUUUUCUUUUCAUUUUCAAGUCGAAAGAAAAGAAAAUGGCUAUCAGGCCACUCUGUUGUUACUGCCACCAGUGUCAAACUGGUCCCUGCUUUCCAAGAGCUUUCCUGGGUCUGCUGUAGGCCCAGACAGGCUCACUCAGGCUCUGUGACCCGGAUGCAACAAGCCACUCCGGGACCAGGUUGAGGCAGGCUAUCCCAGGCUCUACGGGUCCCCCAGAUUCUCUUUGGGGCCAUAGAUAGUCAUGCAAGUUUCGAUGAUUUCCACCCCUUUAGACAUUCCCAACGAAUAGGCUGAGAUGUUUUCUAUCUUAUUUUGGAAUUAAAUAUGAUAUUUCCUUUUAUAGUUGCAGUGCCUUACUUACAUACACCUCUGUGCUCUCAAGAUAGGAAUAGGGGAGGUAUAGAGCUUCCAUCCUUGACUGCAAAACCCAUGCAAUACUACCUGAAGUUCAUGGAAUAGGAUGUAUUCUCUCUCACUUGAAAUAAUGGCGUUACUUCGGAAGCACAACCUGACUAUGUCAUUCCUACCGGUGACUUGCCAGGUGACCUGGGCUACGUCAUUAAACUGGGUCUUGUCUGUAAAAGUAAGGGGUCAGUAUUUCAUUAUUUGGCAAAGUUUAAGAGAACAAAGCUGAGAAUUUUGCAAAGCUGAGAGCUUAAGAUGCAAUUUUUCCUAUAAUUAUAAAUCUUUUGUGUCUUCUGGGGGCUUCCUUUACAUUAGCACUAGGUGAAAACUAAAAUGGGGCAAAGACACCUUCAUAUCCAUAUUUUGCAGAUUCUAUCUUGGCAGAAUGGAUUUCUCCAGCAGCACUUCUCCAAAAGUGUUACAUUGAGACCAUGCCACCUAGAAUCGGUUUCAUAAGCCAAUGUUCAUGCAAUGCUGGUACAGCAGAGGAGUAGGAGAAAGGAAACCUCUGACUUCUCUAGAAGAGUAAAAUGUACUGAAAGAUAAGAAUAACCUUGUCCUUUCACCUUUAUGUCAUAGAUAUUCCUUUUUGUAAAUCAUUGGUUGAAUUUUCAAAGAAUAGCUCAUUGUUCGUGAUGUAUAAUGACCAUUGUUACUUUGACUUUCUACAGCACAUCCAUCCUCUGAUUUUUGUAUAUUUAUUGAUGGACUGGUAAUAAUCAGGAAAGCAUGACAUGUAUAUUGCCCAGUUCAAAGCACUUCUUGGAAAAUAUUAAAAGGCUAAAGG